GCAACAAGAAGGAAGAGCAAUGGCGACGCUGGUUCGCCAACUCCAGAGUCCGGACGCGGUGAGCAGCGCCUGGUGCUGUGUCUCCCCCCGCGCGGCGGACCGCCGCCCCUCCCCGGACAGUAGGUGAACCCCGUCGCCGUGUUCGCCGCCAUAUGCACGUGUAUGCUCGGAUCUCACCCUGUGAGCACGUCUCUCACGCCGUAUGCCAUGUUCACCAGCCCGUCGUUAAACUCCUGCGCUUCCCGAACCAUUACGGUACUGGGGGACCAGUCGUACAGUGAGUAGAGAGGAUAGCCCCCCCCACCUCACCCCACCCCGACGCCUCCAAAGCCAUGCACAGCAAGAACCAGAGGAGACCCGGUUCUGCAAGUGGUUCACGAGCCCCUCUGGUUCCGCUGAAGGGUAAGAUGUCUCUGAGUCAGAGCGACGUGGAGCCUCUGCCGUUCCGUGUGCCUCGCGACUACCCGCACUCUCGCUUCAGCAAAGCCCCGCUCGCUGUCUACCCCCCUAAAGGAGCCCGAACCAAACCCUGCGUGUCCCUACCCGUAGUGAGUCUGGAGAAGAUGCCCUGUUUCAGCCGCUCAGAGGGAGCGCAAGUCAAAAUCAGCUCCGCUCCAUCCGCAGCCGGGUCAUCGCUUUCCGUCCCCUCCUCGUCGUUCUCUCCGUCCUCCUCGUCCCUGAAGUCCAACCUUGCUUCACCAGCAUCCUGCAGGAAUCAGGAAAAGCUGGUGAACGGCCGGGGAACCUUAACGCCGGGCUCCACCACGUCUCCUCUACUGACGGACAGGCGGCCGAGCCCGUCUCAGUCGUCUCCUUUGGACAAGCGGCUCACCGCGUCUCCGUCCUCGCAGGACAGGAGACCCGCCGCGUCUCCUUCUCCGUCAUCGGUGGACAGGAGACCCGGUGCGUCGCCCUCUCCGCCUGACCGGAAAAAUGUGAACGGAGCAAAGAGCAGCAACAGGAGAGUUUCAGGUAGAGUCUAUGAUCCGAAUAAACACUGUGGAGUCGUAGAUCCCGAGAGCAAGCGGCCGUGCACACGAUCUCUCACGUGUAAGACUCACUCUUUGACUCAUCGCCGUACAGUCCCAGGCCGGAAGAAGGACUUUGACAUUCUCCUGGCUGAGCAUAAGGGCCGCGCUAAGGAGAAAGACGCGGGCCAAAAGAAGGAGUCGGCGAGCAGCCAGUCGGCUCAGUCGAGCCAGCCGCCCAGUCCUCUUUCCAGUACGCCUUCGGGCUGUCACAACGGCAAGACCACUCCCACUCUCAAACUACGCCUGGCCAACACACACAUGCACAGAGGCUCUGGUGGUGGGGGUGCAGUGGUUCUCAGUUCCACGACUGAUCAAAUCCCCAGCUGCCACAGAUAUGGUGUGGACGUCCACGAAUCCAGCGAUGAGGCGGAAGCUGAGUUUGCUGAGGAACUGGAGAAAAGUUCAUGUCAUUAUUCCUCUUACCACCCACGGCCCAUUAGUUGUUGUGCGUUCAGCAGCCGGUUGAUGGGGCAGGGCCACUACGUGUUCGACAGACACUGGGACAGGAUGAGGCUUGCGCUGCACUGCAUGGUGGAGAAGCACGUCAACGCUCAGAUGUGGAGGAAAGUCCCUCUAGCGGCGGACAGCGUGCCUAGCGUGUCCGAAACGUCGUCUCUGAGCGUGUCUCUCCUUCCGAGCCCCACUCCAUCCCUUGACUAUAUUUCCGCUGUGUCCUGCUCCGCCCCUUUCUCCCAGAACGGCACCAGAAUCUUCUGCCUCCAGGAAUCUAAAAUGCAGCUGGAAGCAGACAGGUCGCUAAAAACCUCUGCGGUUGGCAUGUUGUUGAAGAAGCACAAGGCAUCUCCGGCUGCCGAGAAAAGGAACGGGAGCAGCUACCAUCUUCCAGGCCCUGCGCACUUCACGAGCAACGGCACGGCGGCCCUGAGCAUGCGGUCCAAACUCAGCCAGCCCGCGGGGAGUCAGGGGCUUAGCAACCUGGACAGAUACACCAGCAUUGAUCUGAACCUGCCUCCGGUGCCAAAGGGCAAUCACGGGGCCGUUACGCCCCAGUGCCUGCUGCCGUGCGGAUCCGCGGAGGGGCGCAAACGCAAAACCUCGGGCACGGAGCGAGCUGGCAAAGUGACCAAAACCACAGUGCACAACGAAAUCUUCCAGAAGAGCGGCACUGCUUUGCUGUCCUCAGCAGCUGAAGCAGCGUCCCACAGCGCCCUCUCCAGACUGUCCAAGGUGCAUCAGUGACACUGGCUGAGGUGGAACACGUAAAGCAGCUGUGCAGCAGUGACCUUUAACCCCCAGUCCUUUCCGAUGACCUUAAACCUAUGCGGUGAAGCCCCCCAUCCCCCCCAGCGUGGAGCCCAUCGUGUUUUUAGUCGUUCGUUUGUUUGUUACAAGGUACUGCAAAGUGUAAUGAAACUGGUCAUACUGGAAAUCUCCGUGAGACCAGUAAGAAACUGCCAUUUCUUUGUGGACACCUACGAUGCCGCGUCAGAUGUUUAAGAGUCCGCGCGGCUGUUCGUACAUCAUAACAUCUCCGGCGAGUUUUUAUUUUUUUAUUUUUAUGAAUGAUGGUUCGGGCAGUAAAGACUAACAGGUUGGACGUGUGUGUGUCAGCGUCCCGUGAGAGCGAGACGGGCUCUUCGGACUUGACCGGAUCUAAAGUGCACUUAGCGUCCCGUCAGACCUGGACUGCAGAGGAGGAAAACACAAAACCAAGGGAAUAUUUUAUAGAUGCUUUUUCUUCUUUUUUUUCUUUUUUUUUUGGAAAGCUGUAUUUUUGUAAAAAGGGGGUAAAUUCAGGUUUUUCUGAGUAUUUUGGAGUUCUCUGUCACAAGUGUUACUGAGGAAUGCACAAAGUUCACGACUCAGCUCCAAGUUGGAAAGCAAACUAGCAUAGUGUAUCCCACAUUACUUUUUUCCUAACGUACACAGCUUAUGGCUUUUGCUCAAAGAUCUAUCUGUAUGUCAUUCUAAAUCAGUUUAAGUAUUAUUAUAAUAAUAGACACCUUAUUGUUGGAAACACGAGUGCAUAUCUGUUUAUAUAUAAAUAUAUUUAUUAUUAGUGUCUUUCAGAGCGUAAUCUAGAAGCUUCGGUCUUCCCUGAUCUUUAAAUGGUUUAUAGAGAAACAUAGAGUCUUGUUUUUUUUUUCUUUAUUAUGAGUGAAUUUAGUUCUUGUAUGAUUUUUAAAAGGCGCAAAAAAAUAAAAACGAGGCAAAACUGCAGCUUUUAGGAGCUAUGGAGGUGAAUCGCGGCUUCGAGUUGUUCUUAACCUUUUAACAUUUUCAGUGAACUCCUGCCGCGCUGUGAAUUCUCAUCAUGAAGUUCCACUCGAGAGUUUCAAGAUGUCUGUGUAUAGAAUGCCAGCUAUUUACAUUUUCACUAAUUUUCAAUUUAGUUUAAUUGUUAUUUCUAACUGUUUGUUAUGUUGUUAUUAUUAUUAUUAUUAUUGAGAUCUGAACCUGUACUGGUUGUAGCGAUAAGAUCAGGAUCUAAGAUUCUGCCCCAUUUGUUUUCUCCACUGAAGAUGAUCUUCUUUAUAAAUUCUUUAUAAUAUUAUAAUCUUGUAAAAGCAGAACUCAUUUUUGAGAAAAAAAAUGU